AUGUCUCUACUCACCAAUUAUGAGGGGCUGAGGCAGCAGAUAGAGAGGCUGGUGAGGGAAAAUGAGGAACUGAAGAAGCUGGUGCGGCUCAUUCGGGAGAAUCACCAGCUCAAGACGGCAAUCAAGACACAGGCAGGGGCCCUGGGCAUCAGCGGCUUCUCUAGUGUGCUUGGCGAGACAGUGGCCAGCUCUCCUCCACGCCAAGGUAAGGGUGUCUACCUACCCCCAUCCCCGGCAGCAGCCAGCGAUGUUAUCCUGGAGGACAUAGGGUUCAUGACUCUGGCGCCCCUCACUGAAAUGCUCAGCAACUCACAGCCUGAUGCACUCAACGUGUUGCUGUCUGGCCCGGCCUCACUGCCACUCACCAGCCCCCUGGACACCUCCCUGGGCCUGCCCUCAUCUGGCACCCUAACCUCCAGCAGUCCCCUGGCCGGCCACAUGAUGACGCCCCCUGGGGGUACUCUGCCCAGCUCUCUGGCGGGCCCCCUCUCUAUGAACAGUCCCCUGCUCAGUGCCACAGUGGCCCCCAUUGGUGUCACUCCGAGCCUCCUGACCAUGGGCAACCUAGUAUUGCCAGAAGUGCCAAGGCUAAGAGUGGCAGAGACACCCCGGGCACCCAAUGUCUCAGUUCCUGCAGUGCCUCCUCUCAUCCCCAAAGUUCCUUCCCGCAUCUCAGCCCCACCACCCUCCACCGAGCAUCCCCAACAGAACCAAGAAACGGAGAACUUCAGCAUGACAUUUGUAGGUGCACCCGCCAGGACUUCCAGCCCUCUACACCAGGGGGGCAUGCCUGGCCCCAUGCCAGCUUUCUACAGCACCUCAGAUGCCCGGACGCAAUCUAGUACCCAUCAGGGGCCAGUGGCUCCUGCUUCAAUCCCCACCUCCCCAGCAGUUACCCUGCCCGUCCCACCCCCCACCCCUAUCCCCCAAUAUGCCCCCCAGGAUAGCCUCUCAAACACCACCCAGAAUGCCUCCCACACCCCUGUCCACCCUUCGCCCAGCGUCCACUCCCCUUCACGGGCCCCCUACUCCCCACCCCGAUCCUCCUCCUCCCCGGCUUCAGUUCAAGACCCCCGGGGGCCACGCGCUAUGGAGCCGGGUCGGAAGAGUAUGCCAGAACUGGACCGGAAGCUAUCCCCAAGGAAGCUCAAGCCCUCCAUGCCCACAGAGCCGAAGCAGCUGGCCUGGGAGAGGCUGGUGGGGGAAAUCGCCUUCCAGCUGGACCGCAGAAUCCUGUCUGGCAUCUUCCCGGAGCGCGCACGUCUCUACGGCUUCACGGUCUCCAACAUCCCCGAGAAGAUCAUCCAGGCCUCCCUGAACCCCCACAACCAUAAGCUGGACAAGGAUCUUUGCCAGACCCUCACCCAGCGCUACGUGAGCAUCAUGAACCGACUGCAGAGCCUGGGCUACAACGGGCGGGUGCACCCGGCGCUGACAGAGCAGCUGGUGAACGCCUACGGCAUCCUGCGUGAGCGGCCGGAGCUGGCGGCAUCGGAGGGCAGCUCAUACACCCUGGAGUUCCUGCAGCAGGUGCUGGUGGAGACAGUGCACCCCAGCAUGCUCAACGACUCGCUGCUGCUGCUGUCCUGCCUCAGUCAGCUGGCCCACGAUGAUGGCAAACCCAUGUUCAUCUGGUAAUGUGUCAGCCCUGGCCAUUAAAGCUGCAGCAGAUCUGCUCUCAAG